UGAAGAUGGAGCAGCUGAAUUUAGGGUCGAUCUCUCAUAGUGUAUCAAUUUACUGCAGGUAACGUUAGACCGAGUCUACAAGCAGCUUUGGAUUAAUAAUGCAGUCUUGCUCUUAUUCAUUAACUUACCAAUGAGGCAGUGAAAUCCUCAAAAAGGAGACUGUCUUCGAUUUUAAAAGCUGCUCGAACAUCUAUGAAAAUAAAUGGAGAUGAGCAAGAAGAACAAAAGGAGGAAAUUGUCAAGCCUGUUGAGAAGAGGAGAAAUUCACAAAGAUGAUGCAAAGAGUGAAUCUCCUGUUCUGGCAUCCAUUCAAAACAUACAAGUUGGAGGAGAUAGACCAAAUGAAAAGAUUCUGCAUUUUGUGGAUGAGGGAAUACACCAAAUCAAAUGCCCGGAUACUUUGUUGAACACUCCUCUUUAUCUGUCCCAGCAUAAGGAGAAUUUCUUCUCCGAUCCAGUCUUGCAAGAUGACUGUGGAUAGAACAAUGCUGCUCGGAGAGGAUACUGGAUACAUGGAUAUUACUCAGAGUCAAACAAUCACAAUUGAUAAGGAUUAUGAAAUUGAAGAGCAGACAAACCCAGCUUUUAGCGUCAACAUGGCUCAGACGAUCCGUGGUGAUCUGAAUGUCGCAAGUCAGAAGGAUUUUCUACAUGACGCAAAAGCAGAGAGGAAAAAUGCUAACAAUGACUCAGACUUCAGUGCUUUUCUCACCAGUAUGAGCUUACCCACUGUAAAUACCAUUAAGCCCCACUAUACAGAUAAUCAGCUUGGUAAUAUCUUCAUUUCAGUUAAUACAAGCACAUCGGAUAUUGAUAUUGAUAAGGAGAAUCACUUGCCAUCUUUUUUAGUGAAGCAACAUCCAGGUGCCAAGGGUAACCCACAACAACCUCUGGGACUUCAACGAAGGCGUUCUCAUGUUGGAAGUUUUAAAGACGAUGAUAUUGAGGCAGCCAAGAGUCACACUGUUGUAACUGAAAACAAAGCUAAUGCUCCGUCUUUUACACCCUCUCUUUCUGUAAAUCAAAAAGGUAUUGCAUUUAUGACAGCUGCCUUUUCAAACAUCCCAGAUGUCACGGAGCUCACUUUGAGCCAGACUGCAAUCAAUGUUAAAGUUACAGGAAAUAUCAGUUGCAAAGUCCAGGCUGCUCUGGAGCACAACAGAUCCCAUCAUUUCCCUGAGGAUGAUGAUGCAAUGGAGAUGAUGAGGACAUUUGAUGUAUCUGUUCACGAAAAAGACCACACAACGAGUAUGAAGGAGCAAGCUCAGCCUUCAGUUCUCACAGUAAGAAGGAUGUCUUCCUUUAAUAUGAUUAGUAAUGGAGAGACAACAGAUCAAAAUAAAUCUGAUUAUUUACGAAGCUCUGCAUCCAGUUCUCAGAGUAAGCAAGAUGCCCUGCUUUGAUUUAGUUGGAGAUGGAUUGAUUAUGAAUCACAACAAAUUGGGCCACCUCCCAGUAGCCCAAACUCCAAAUUCUGAUGAGAUGGAGAUGACACAGUGUCAAACUAUUUUUCUAGAGGCCAAGGAGGUCAAUGGAGACAAACCUUUAAACAACUCAAGGAUCAACUGGCCUCUUACAUCAGUAUAUGGACCUGAAGGCAGUGAUGGGAUGGACAUGACUCAAGCAUUCAAAGGGCAUAUAAUGCUAAAUGCUUUUCCAGCCUCCAAGAAGAAAAAAGGCGAAAUCGUUCUGAUGCCUGCCACAAGUACAUCAGCUCAACAUAAUGAUAGUGACUGUACAGACUUGACACGCCAACCAAGUACAUUUGAUGAGAUUUCUACCCCAAGUCCUGAUGAAAUGGAAUUAACAAGAUGCACCACUAUUAACAUUGACCCAAACCGUACCUGGUUAGGGAGUGCUGUGGAUAUCACAGGUACAAGAAUAGCACCAAUCUCUGCUAAUCAAACAAUCACUGUGGUUGAACCUAUGGAGAUGACUGAGGUAUACAUGGGACCAGUCAGUGAGCAAAAGUAUAAAGAUUUUAUGACUCAAAGAAAGUCAGGAGUAAGAAUGAUGCCCUUGAUGUGUGAUCCUGAAAAUACUGAAGCUGAUAACUGUCAGACUGAUUCCUCCAACCCUGAUGACAUGGACAUGACACAAUGUCUGACUGUUGUGCUUGAGGGUGAAAACUGCAAGAGGGCCGAACCAUUCAGUAAAUCCAGGAAGAGUUUGAACCUUGUAUCUACAUCCUCCAGUCCUGAUGUUGACAGUAUGGAGAUAACCUAGGCACUCUCCGGCAAUAUCAUGUUAAAGAGCUUUGUAUCCAGUGAGGAAAGUAAGCAUGAGAGAAAUCUGUUGCCUGUAGCGCAAAGUUGUCAAACACAGGAUGAGUCUGACUGCAUGGAAAUGACAAGUCAAGCCAGUGCAUCAAAUCUAGCUAUUCCCUGUGUUGAUGAAAUGGAACUAACAGGAUGCAACACAAUAGCAAUCGACUCUAAAAACACAUUGGCAGCAAGUGCUACAGAGAUCAAAGUGCAUGACAGUGCACUUUGGGCAUCAACAUCUCUUUCUAGAAACACAGUGUCAAGUGAAGAACAAAAUUAAGUGAGUGUAUCUACCAAGUGUGCUAUUAACCAUGUCUUCCCCUCAAAACACGUUUUUGAUCUUGAUUUCAAAAACAUUAAAUGCAACAACACAGAGACAAUAUCCUUUGGCCCAGCUGACAUGCAAGUGGACAAAAAUUGUGAAACGGCACAUCAAAGCAAUUUGAUGACGACUGAUGAAGACAGUGAUAUGCAGGUUACUAAGGUGCUUACAAUGCCCAUUGAAACAGAGCAGAGUGUUUCUUUUAAUGAAGAAGAAGCACUGAUAAAGACUUUCUGUGGCUCUAGAAUUGAAGAAGAGGGUCAAGCACUUUGGUCUAAGAAGGACCAAAGUUCCUCCUCAAAUGAAUCUGUAGUUGAUUCCUUCAUUACAGAAGAGCUGCAACAUGCAAAAGUCUAGCUGACUCUCAAAUGGAGCUUCGCAACAUGUCAAGGCGUAUCCAGGAAGAGCAAAAAGUGAUAACAGGAAGCACAACUGCGCCUCUUCCUUCUUUUUCUCUCCCUGAGAAUUCCCUUAAAGAAAACAUUUCCAAUGAGCCAACUUCAAAUGUCACGCCUAAAGUCAAGCAAAUAAACAAUUCUGUUCAAAAUGAGAGGAACACACCUUUUAGUCUUAAAAAGAAGGCGUUCUCAUCAAGGUUGUCAUUGUGUGGUAUCAUACCAAAACUACCAAAACAAACUACAAAUGUAACUCCUAACAAAACUAUAAGUACUAAUGAUUUACAGUGUCUUCAACUAGAGAAACAUUUUGAGGUUGCUGAACAAAAUGGCAACUGCAAAAAAAUCGAUAUUAAUGAUGAAGAGUUCCCUGAAAUGAGCAGCGGUGACGACUUGUCAGGGAGUCUUGAAAAUUGGCCAAUUAACAAGCAAGAUGAACUGGAUGGUUCUUUGGCUGUACCUAAAUAUAAAAGGCCUUUGGAGAAUGAUGUCUUUGAGUCAGACACAAGCACGAGUCCUUGUUUUAAAAGGCUGCAUCCAGAGGAAGACCCUAUUACAGCAGAACGAACCAAGAAAGUCUGCAUUUUUGACAUGGGGCUUGACUGUCAUGAAGCUGCCGUACAGUGGGAAGGUAAUUUUACAAGGCAUGCUGCUCCGAAUCCCAGGGCAAAGACAAUUGAAGACACAGGAGUGUCAGAAUCCACUCUCAAAUACUCUCAGUUUGACUCUCAUAUGGAUGGGACGCUGGAUCAUGCAUUUGAUUUUAGCAAGAAACUUGAGGACGGAGAGUUCCUAAGCCACUUUGGUAUCAACUUUGUUAUCCACAGAUCUAGACCAAGUGCUCUUCCUGACAGUUGUAGAGCUGGAGAAACACGCAAUAUGGAGGAUUUGCUCAAAGAGAAGUACAUAUACCACCCCAAGCAGAGAGUAUAUGAGCACGACUGUAAGAAUCUCACAGAGAUAGUAGAGAGACUUAAAGAACAGAUGCCUGAACAAGACAAAUACCUGGGAUGCAUUAAUGGGCAAGAGUUAUGUACUCUCUCUGAAGAGCAAUUAAAAAGCUUUUGCUCCAAGUUGAAAGAGCGAAAAGCUUACUUUGGAAAGAGAAGCAAAGCACUUUCUCAUGAAAUGAAAAGAGACUUGUACUCAGAGCUCAUCAAAACAACACAGGAUGCAAAACAGAGUCUGAUUUCUAAAAUUAAACAGACCUGUGAAACGAUCGAAGACUUGGAUGGAUGCAUUAAUGAUUUCGAAACUGAACUUGCAUCUGUAGAGUCCAUGAUUACGGGAGAUCAUUUCGAUGUUUCUCAAACCAGACCAGCCUUAAAAGCCAAGGAAGAGGAUUUGCAUAGGCUUAAUUCAGCUGUCACCAAAAAGGAGAGGGAAAUUGGUGAGUUGGAGAUUUAGCUGAGGUCUUUGGAGAACCAACAGAAGAAGUUGCAAGGGGAAUCCAGUAGCCUUAAGAAUCAUCUUACAACCUUGAACACUUUGAACGAGUGGUUUCUUGAUGCGACAAAUGAAAAGGGGGCUGUGUUUACCUUCCUUCACAAAACUGUGCAUCUGCAGUUGAACCUGCAAACACCUGCCGGAAAGGACUGGAUGACUGAGGAUGUGGAGCGAAAUAUAGAUGUAAGCUUCCAGUUGCACCUGGAUGUGGAAAAAUCUGAAUGUCAUGCAAGCAUGGUCCACAAGUUACUUAAACUAUACUAUCAUUCUCAAACUCAAUGGACACAGAGGUACCCAACAACCCGACAUAUAUCAGAAAUGCUUCAUGACAUUAGUUUGGUGGUGGGUCGUCUCAGGCUCUUGGGAGAGGAGAUUCACCGGCUGAAGAAGUGGGGAGGACUGAAGCUUCGCAUCUUGAAGCUCACCUGUACACACACACGAGUUCAUGUCAUCUUCUCAAGUCUGAAAGCACUGGAAAAGUUUGAGUUAAGUCUGAUGGUCACUCCAGACUAUCCCUUUGGGCCCCUUCACAUACAGGACUUCAAAAAAGCAAUUAACAUUUUUAUAUCACAACAAGUUAAAAUGUUGUUGUCUGUUAUUGUGAGUGGAGAUAACAUAUUCUCCAUUAGACAGGAUUAUGAAAUGCAAUUCACAUUGGUGCUGAGAAUGGCAAAAUUUAAAUCAAAAGCAGUUCUCUCAAGAUCAUUCAUGUUGAGUCAAAUUGAAGACAUCAUAUCAUCAGUCAAACCAGCCACAAACUAUCUGACAAAAGUCCUCAAGAAGAUUCAUGAUGACCUGUGUUAGGAUCUCAGGCCUUGUUGUUUAAUCUGUUCUUAUCUGUCUUUUGUUCGUGUAUAUAUUGAUGUUUGUAUAAUCAAAUAAAUAAGAAUUACAGAUGUAGCCAAAAACCA